CGGACCCAAGGUGCUUUCCAGAAACUCCACCAAAAAUUGCCCUAUCUUGACUCCCAUGCUUGCUUUUUCCUCUUUUCCCCAUCAGUCGUUCUUAAGCCGGCCUUUUUUUCGCCCCCAGCCUCGUUCAUCCGUGUCCUCCUGUGGUGACCGACUUCCUCCGUCAUGCGCUGCGACUGUGCCCUGCCGUUCAGAUAAAAUCGCUUUUGGUCCUAUCGGGUCGGGACACCAACGAAAAGCCCGAGGAUCGGGACAGCACUGGCGAGUCAGCUCCCCGUCGAAUCGCUGUCCCCGGAUAUCGAAGCGGAUAGUCCGGUACUCGAUCAAAGACGCAAAACUGAAUCUAGCGCAUGGCUUAUCAUGAAUGCUGAUUCGUUUCUGGGUCUCCGGUUUACCACCCCCGCGCCUCGCUUGACCGAUUGCAGAAUCCCACCCUCGAGACAUGGUCGCACGUCUGCACUGCUCCUCAUCGUACCCUUCUCGUCAUGCUGAACCCUGACUCUCCACCAUCGCCGGCCUCCUCAGGGAGGAAACGACCGCACCCACCCACCGAACCCGCCUCGAUCCCGCCAGAGCCGUCAGCGCAAUCUCAGCCGCCGUCGACUAGCGACGGCCCCGCGACCCAAUCCCCCAACCCCUCGACCUCCAAUUCCUCAUCCUUCCGAAAUGUAUCCGCCUGUAAUCGUUGCCGCCUACGGAAGAAUCGUUGCGACCAGCGACUUCCACGAUGUCAGUCCUGCGAGAAGGCUGGCGUCCGUUGUGUUGGAUACGACCCGAUAACGAAGCGCGAAAUCCCUCGCAGCUAUGUGUACUUCCUCGAGGCUCGUGUGGCAUAUCUGGAGAAGGCUUUGAUGGAUCAUCAGAUAACGUUCAAGGACCCAGUCGCGUUCGACGAAGAGGAAGCUGUCAAAGUGGAGGCAGGCAUUGACACUGUACCAGCUCCGGUGGUCGGUUCGGAAGGUUCUAAUCCAACAGGAGGCGAGGGGACCAAUGCGGAUGGAAACGAGAAGUGGGUCACAAAGGAUAAAGAUGGUCUCAUACAAAGACGAGACAAGAGCGACCGCAGUGGCCAGGAUCCAGAGAACCAGGACCCGCACAAGGAAGACAAUUGGCGCAUAAACAAUCUCGUUUCGAACAUAGGCAUGGUGUCUGUACAAGGAACCUCGGAUCCCCGUUACUUGGGCUCAACAUCCGGUAUCUCCUUUGCGCGCGUGGUCUUUGCUGCCGUCAAGAGUUCUGUGCCAGGGAAUGUUGCGGAACGUGGCCCAAUGCGCCCCAAUGAACGCCUUCCACAUAGUGCUACAGGAACAGGCGGCAGUAGCAUGCGCGAUUCCUUCUUUGGUUUACAAACAAGGUCGAUGAUGAAAUGUGCAGCGUUCCCGGAUCGUGACCUGGCCGAAAAGUUGGUCAAUCUCUAUUUCGAACAUGCAAAUCCACAAAUGCCCAUCCUUCACCGGGCGGACUUCAUGGAGAUGCUUGAUCGUACAUAUUCGCUAGAAGAAAAGAACCGCUCCCCUCGCAGUCUUUACAUUCUCAAUAUUGUAUUUGCUAUCGGUGCUGGGAUUAUAUUCGAGGACAGGCCGUCCGACGAUAAGCAGGAUGGCCGUGACCACUCACCAUCUUCAUCUACUUCCAAGAGGCCGCGGCUAUCAAGCCAUCAGCACCAACCCGAAGAGUAUCAUGCCUCCGCAAUCAUUCAUUUGGAGUCUUUCCUGGGUAAUACUGCAUCUGGGGACGGGUCCGGUGCUCUGGAAGAACUACAGGCAGUGCUACUUCUCGCUAGUUUUGCCCUUCUGCGACCCGUGGCGCCUGGACUCUGGUACAUUGUGGGUGUUGCUAUGCGGUUGGCAGUCGACCUUGGACUGCAUUACGAAGACGGGACCGACAUCGAUACGCUUGAGGAGGAAGGGCUCAACCGCGCACAAAGCAAAAAUGCAGACAAAUCGAAGACGCGAAUUGAUAAUCGGGAGCUUGGGCGUCGGGAAUGGGUCCGCGAUCUACGCCGGCGAUUGUGGUGGUGCGUCUACAGCUUCGACCGUCUCGUCAGCUGCUGCGUUGGCCGUCCGUUCGGAAUUAGCGACCAAUCUAUCAGUACCGAGUUCCCGUCUCUACUGGAAGACAGAUUUAUCACAAAGUCGGGGUUCGUGACUCCCCCCGAGGGUGCUCCUAGCUAUAAGCAUUCAGCCCAUCAUUACUUCAAAUUGCGGCUGCUACAGUCCGAAAUCCAAGACGUGCUUCAGCAUCAGCAAGCCCGGUUCAUCAGGCAAAGGGCCCCAUCUGCUGGCCGGAGACAUAUACGACCUGACAUCACCUCUCCCUUUCUUCAAGGCUUCGAUUCCUUCCGAUCUUGGCGCCGGGAUGUCCACAGACGGCUUGUUGAGUGGCAACAAAGUGCACCCACGCGUCGCGAUACCGGGGUGAGGUUUCCUACCGAAUUUCUCGAAUUGAACUACUGGCAAGCUGUGAUCAUGCUUUAUCAGCAAAGUUUGACAGUGCCUGCUGAAUUGGCAGAUGAGAUGAUGCCGGCCGAAGAUGUGUCGAGUCCAUCAUUUUCCAAUGUGGACGACGCGGAAGAUGAAGAUGACAUAUACUAUAAGGUAGCAGAGGCAGGACAAAAAGUGAUCCGUAUCUACCGGCAGAUGCAUCGGGUGCGGUUGGUCAACUAUACAUAUCUGGCGACGCAUCACAUCUUCAUGGCGGGCAUCUCCUUUUUGUAUGCGAUCUGGCACUCUCCUCUGGUGCGAAGCCGUUUGACCCUCGACGAAGUGGACUUCACGGUACUUGCAGCCACGUCCGUACUCGGAGACCUCAUGCACAAGUGCCCGCCUGCAGAAGCCUGUCGUGAUGCGUUUGAACGGAUGAGUAAGGCCACGGUUCAGAUGUGCCUUACGACCACCGGAUUUGGCUCCCAAGUUGAUCUGCCCGGAGCCCAAGCUGAAAUCGCACGGAGACAGGCAAAUGCCCUGCAAUCAAGCCAAACCAGGCAAUAUGGAAGAGAUAUACGACAGCGUGCAUCUCAUGGCCCGCCCCGGCGGCAAGCCCCCCAACGGCCAUCGCGACCAUUGCCACGGUUUGACAUGAAUCUGGGUGACCUGUUCAACGAUAAUACUGCCGUUCCAGAACGGCCCAACAAUGGCCCUAGAAUUCCUGGACCGUACCCUGUCCGACCAGACUAUCCCGAACCCUCUGCAUCAAAUUUCCCCCCUGAGCGGGCGAUGCGGCCGCAUCCCCCGCGAACGCCGUCUAUGGAAUACUACCCUCCGUAUGAGAACUCCGUGUCGCCACAGACGCAACAACACCCGCAGUACUACUACGGGAACUCCCCGCAACCCAGCGCGUCACCAAAUAGCGUCGGGGCCAACCAAAACCCUUCACAGUACCAUUCGCCGGAAAACGACCACCCGUCCGGUCUUGGCCUUGAUUUCCUAGACUUCGACCCUACCGCCGCUGAAGGCCAACUGCCUGGGUCCGACGAAAAUGGUGAGUAUAAUCUCCAGGCGAUGCCAUCAUUAGGACACGGAGCCGGCCACAGUGUCGGAAUCGACCUCGGCUUCGGCAUGGCGAUGGAUUUCCAACAUGAUUGGAGCGAGAACGCCAAUUACGACAUGCUACAAGGCUACUUCUUCGGUGGGGCUGGGGACGCACCACCGGGGGAAGGAUAGGAUGGGUUGGAUUAUGAUGAUAUUCUUUGUCUAUAGUUGCAUCCUUUCCUCUCUUGUGCUCUGGCGGCAAAAGAAAGGAACGGGAUCGGAUGGAUGACUUACGAAACCUGCCUGCCUGUACAUGAUUAUAUCAUAUUAUAUUCUCAAGUGUGGUCUU